AUUCCCAUUCUCCUCUAUUUUGGAUUUUCUUCGAAUCCGACUCUGCUCCUUUCUCUCUCUUCAUUCAAAACUCAAUAUUCUUUCUCUCUCUAGCCCCAAUGAAGCUGACCAACCAGAAGCCCCCACCACCACCACUUCCGCCGUCAAGCCCCACCUUUUAAAAUGACGAAGCUUCCCUCCUCCUUCGUCAUCGCCUUGGCCGUCACCCUCCUCACCGCAGUCUCCUCCCUCCCGGUGGUCAAUGCCUUGGGCUCUGGCUCCACCAUCGCCAUUAGCUACGAGACCGCCACCGUCUGCGCCAUCAAAGCCGACCGACCGGCCAGAAGCAUUCUCUGCUACCGACGGGAUGGCGCCAGACGGGUUUUACAACUACAACCUGACGUCUCCUUCACCUCCCUCGCUGGCGGCCGGACCACAAUCUGUGCCAUUCGUUCAGGCGGCAACAGGCUCUUCUGCUGGGACACCCAAAAUUCGAGCUUUCCCGUCAAGCGCAUCUACAAUAACGACACUGUUCUAUUGCGGAGUUUGGCCAUUGGUGAUGAUCAGAUUUGCGCCACCACUAACGGCACCCCAUCUGUAACAUGCUGGAGACGUAACGGAAAUUUUCGUUACAAAUUUAAUUCAAUCUCAUCUGGGUUUGGAUUCGCCUGCGGAAUAACCGCCGAUGAUAGCAAAGUCCGUUGCUGGGGAAGCAAUCCCAUUAGAGAAAGAAUCGAGCAAGGAUUUGGGAAUAUGUCAAUGGCGAGUCUUGCUGCCGGAGGCAGACAUGCAUGUGGGGUUAAUUUCACCGGAAACAUAGUCUGCAGAGGGGAAAACAAAUCCGGCCAGCUAAAUGUGCCGUUAAACUCUGGCUUAGAGUUUGCUUCCGGGUUGGCGCUGGCGGAGAAUUACAGUUGUGCGAUUCGGCAAUCAAACCGGAUGGUGGUUUGUUGGGGAGGAUUUGAGAGGAAUGUGUCGGAUUCAUUUGAAUCCAUUGUUUCCGGUUCUAAUUUCACCUGUGGAUUGACUGCCAGUAAUCUUUCAGUAUUUUGUUGGGGACCCGGUUGGAUCGUAAACGGGUCAAAUUCCGGUGCUGAGUUACCUUUGCAGCGAAUUCUACCAGGUCCCUGCGUUCAAUCCUCCUGUGGUUCCUGCGGAAUUUACCCGGCUUCAAAUAUGCUCUGUUCGGGUUCGGAUGUUAUCUGUGAGCCCUGUUUAAAUUUCACACCCCCAUCGUCGCCACCUCCGCCGUCAUUGUUUCCAGUAGCACCAACACCGUCUCCUUCCAAAAGUUUGAGAAGGGGUUUAUUGGCUUUUGCCAUUGUUGGAUCAGUUGGAGCUUUCAUGGGUAUUUGUACAGUUAUUUAUUGUUUGUGGACAGGAGUCUGUUUUGGGAAAAAGAAAGUGCAUAAUUCAGUCCAACCAACAAUCGCCAGAGGCGGUUCAAACGGCGGCGGGACUUCAAACAGUAGUCCGCCUUCAAGGUCGUUGACGAUCAGGCGCCAGACAUCCAGAGUAAUGUGGCGCCAGAGAAGCGGACCGUCGUCGAAACACGCUGACAAAGCAGAGGAAUUUACCCUGUCCGAGCUUGCCGCCGCCACCAACAAUUUCUCAUUGGAAAACCAGAUUGGCAACGGAAGCUUCGGUGUUGUGUACAAGGGAAAACUUUCGGACGGCCGCGAAGUGGCCAUCAAAAGAGGCGAAACGGUUCACAAGACAAAGAAAUUUCAGGAGAAAGAAACCGCAUUUGAAUCAGAAUUGGCAUUCUUGUCCAGGCUUCACCACAAGCACCUGGUGAGUCUGGUGGGCUACUGCGAAGAACAGGACGAAAGGCUCUUGGUCUAUGAAUUCAUGAAAAAUGGAGCUCUAAACGAUCAUUUACAUGACAAGAACAACGUCGAAAAGAGUAGUAAUAUGUUAAAUUCAUGGAAAAUGAGGAUCAAGAUUGCACUGGAUGCUGCUAGGGGAAUCGAGUAUCUUCAUAACUAUGCAGUUCCUCCUGUAAUUCACCGAGACAUCAAGUCUUCUAACAUAUUGCUUGACGAGACUUGGACAGCAAGAGUUUCUGAUUUCGGGUUGUCGUUGAUGGGUCCAGAAUCAUCAGACAUAGAUUUCAGGCUGACGAAGCCUGCUGGAACGCUGGGAUACAUUGACCCGGAAUACUACGGUCUUAAUUUGUUAACGGCCAAGAGUGAUGUGUACGGUCUAGGGGUCGUAAUGCUGGAACUAAUGACAGGGAAGAAGGCAAUUUUCAGGGAUGAUGAAAAUGGGGAAACGCCGGUGAGCUUGGUGGAUUUUGCAGUUCAUGCUAUAAUGGAGGGAGAAUUGGUUAAGGUUCUGGACCAAAGAGUGGGACCGCCGGAGCUGAACGAGGCGGAGGCGGUGGAGCUGAUGGCACAUACGGCAGUGCAUUGUGUGAAUUUGGAAGGGAAAGAUAGGCCUACCAUGAGUGACAUCGUAGCUAAUUUGGAGAGGGCAUAUGCUCUUUGUUCGGAUGGUAGCCAUGGCACCAUCUCUAGUGGUUCAAUCUCAAUUGUUUCAGAGUGAAUUUCCGACUCCAAAACCCAAAAAGGAACAAAGGAAAUUCUCUUCUUCUUCAGAAUCUUUUUAUUUUUAUUUUUUUGCUUUCAAAAUUGAUCUUGGUAUACUUCUUUUUGGAAUGUAGAAAGUUAGGAAUCUUCAUAAUCUAACAUUGAGCUGUAGUGUAGAAUUUUGAGAACACUCUGACAGCAAGCAAGGAGAAUGA